AUGACAAAUUUGAUUUCAUUGUCUUUGCUUCUAGUCGAUAUUGCAGCUACACCACCAAAAAAUGAUCGUCCUUCACUCGAAAAUGACGUUGAGCGGUUUGGACAACCAGACAAGUUUUGGUGUCCAUGGAAAUCAGGUAGCUGUUCGAAUACCCUUGAAAUUUCAGGUCAAGGUACUGUGGAAAUGAUGCAACGAAAAUCGAUACCUUUCGAAUUACGAUUAUCGAAUAAAAGAGAUCCUCAUGAUUUAACUGCCUAUUCAAUCAUACUUUCAGUAAAUAAGAAUGAAGUUAAAUUAAGUACAAGCACUGGACAAUCGCAUACGUCAACUGACUCCCUUUAUACACUUCAAUCGGAAGAUGAAUAUUGGCAUCGAUAUUGGAUUAGUCUAUUUGCAAUUAAUCGCAAUGUUAAAUAUGGUUUUGGAGAAGUUCGUCCAUCCUUUUCUAUUUUCGAUAUUGAUCUUCCAACAGAGGAAUCACAAUCUAUUAAAGAAAUCUAUUAUUUGCAUUUUAAAGUGAAUAACAACGAGAACAUGUUGACUGAAUUAAGUAAUUUAAAAGAACACUUUCGUAUUUUCACUGGAAUAGAUCCUGUUUUACACGAAUUGCCAUUAUUUGUUAUUCCACAAGACAAAUAUAGUGUUGAACAUUUUGCUUCUCAUUCUGCUAUUCCACCAUCAAAGUUACAAAUAACAUGCCGUGAAUUAUAUGAUACUGUUAUUAAUUUCAAAUUGAACACGGAUGAUUUUCCAGAUUUAACGGAUGUCAUUGAGCGUAGUAUAAAAAAUUCGAAAGGUUGGUGUAACAAGAAAUUACAGGAGAAAGCAAAUCGUUUCGGUAAACGAAAUCCAAAAGCAACUUAUUUACGUCUUACUGUCGGUGAUCGACAAGGAAAUGCACCAGGCCACAAUUAUGUUAUCGAGGUUUGGCCUCCUGGGCAUUUUAGUCCUAUACAUAAUCACAGUAAUACGUAUGCGAUUAUUCGAGCACUUUCCGGUGAAAUUUUGAUGAGACUCUAUCCAGCAUUAACAUUAAAUGUCAACCAAUAUAAACCUAUUGAACAAAUUUGUCAUGAAGGAAGAGUCACAUGGAUGUUACCAAAUCUAAAUCAAACGCACCAAUUGAAGCAUGUUGAUUCAUAUGGCAAACCUUGUAUUACUAUUCAAUGCUAUAUGUAUGGAAGAGAUGAUCGAUUACAUUAUGAAUAUUUUGAUUAUCUAGCUAAUGAUGAACGCUCGAUUGGUCAUUUUGAUCCGAAAUCUGAUAUGGACUUUGGUGAGUUUAAAGAACGAAUGCGACAAGAAAAACAACAUAUAUUUCAAAAUUAA